CUAUGGCAGAUAUGGCGGACUGCUUUAAGACACUAGAAACUGAAACUGUUUUUGUACUGCGUCAGUGCUGAGAGGAGAGGGGUGGCUCGGAUCUUGGUUACACAGAAUAGUUGCCGUAUUUGAUCCUCGGAGGGUUUCUGCAGACAUGGAGCUUCUAGCACUUCUGUUUCUGAGCUUCUGUUUCCUGACUUUGUCCGGACGGACGUUUGCUGCUGAAUCCGAGACACCUGUGGCCAGAGUGACUGUGAAAGAAGAUGCUGAUGCUAUUUUACCCUGUUCCCUCGGCACCAGUGAGACCAUUGAGUCAAUGCUGUUUGACUGGGUUAAGGAAGUCCCUCGAAAGGAGGUGUUCAUGUAUCGUAAUCGCAAUCAUUACAAUAAUGGUCUGCCAGGUCAAGAUGUGGAGUUCAAAGGUCGAGUCUCACAUUUUCCAGAAGAGCUGAAGCACGGCAACGCCUCCAUAAGAAUAACAGACACUAGGCUAGAGGACAAAGGCAACUAUACCUGUAUAUUCCCAGAAAUAAAGCCCAGUGAAAAAAUCUUCCGCAUUGAGCUUGUUGUUGGUGCAGCUCCAGAGCCUUAUGUCACAAUACUUAAAGAAAAGGGGCUGCUGCAGUGUAAGGUUCCAGGUGCUUCUCCUAAACCCACAGUUGAGUGGAGGGACAGUGACAACAAAACACUUCCUACUAAGACUGUGCAGGAUGAAGAACAACAAGGUCGCUUCCACGUCAUGGUCCAGACUACUGUAACUGAGCCUGGCUUUUAUCGCUGUGUAGCCACACAGAUGGAAAAGUGGCAUCGGAUUUCUUCAGAGAUCUGUGUGCAUGAUGGUGCAGCUCCAGAGCCUUAUGUCACAAUACUUAAAGAAAAGGGGCUGCUGCAGUGUAAGGUUCCAGGUGCUUCUCCUAAACCCACAGUUGAGUGGAGGGACAGUGACAACAAAACACUUCCUACUAAGACUGUGCAGGAUGAAGAACAACAAGGUCGCUUCCACGUCAUGGUCCAGACUACUGUAACUGAGCCUGGCUGUUAUCACUGUGUAGCCACACAGAUGGAAAAGUGGCAUCGGAUUUCUUCAGAGAUCUGUGUGCAUGAUGGAAUCAAAGUGUUUGCACCAGAAGGAAGUGACGCCAUCCUGCCUUGCUCGUUCAGCACCAAGGAGGACAUUGUACAAAAGCUGUUUGACUGGAGGAAAGUUGAUCCAAAUAAACAGGAGGUGUUCAUGUAUGACGGAGGCCUUCAUUACAGUAACGGCCUUCCAGGUCAAGACGAGCACUUCAGAGGACGGGUCUCAUAUUUUUCACAAGAGCUGCAGUUUGGUGCAGUUCUGAAGCCACUUGUUGGGAUCCUGAACAUCAGCGAGGACAAGGCGUGGCUGAAGUGUGAGGUCAGAGGUGCUUCUCCAAAGCCUAAAGUAGAGUGGAGGGACAGCGAUGGGAACAUCCUUCCUGCUGAGGAGCCACAGGUGUCAUACAAAGGAGACCACUACUACAUCACCCUCCUCACCACGGUGACCAGGACAAACACUAACAUCUUCCACUGUGUAGCCACGCAGGAGGAGAUCGGCCAUAAGACUAAGGAUAAGCUCUAUGUCCCUUACUGUGGUGAGGCUCCAAAGCCACACAUAACCAUACUUGGUGCUACUGAAUCCGGGGUGCAGCUGAAGUGUCAUGUUGGAGGUGUUCAUCCCAAGCCGAAGCUACAGUGGAAGGACAGCGAUGGAAAUGUUCUUUCUGCAGAGGACCCAGUGGUCUCAGAAAGAGGAGGCCGCUACAACGUCACCCUCUGCACUAUUGUGACCCCAACCAAAACCAACUGCUUCCACUGUGUAGUUAAACAGGAGGGCUCGUACCAAGUGAUUGAUCAAGAGAUCAAUUUGUCAGCAAUUUCAGAAAACCUGUUCAAAAGCAAAUCUGGACAAGUUAUCACUGGAUGGCUGGGUGGAUGUUUCAUUGGAAUCCUAAGUUUUGCUUUCGUUCUGGCUGUGCUUGUGACUACAAAGACCAUCUCAAUACACUUUAAUAGAGGCUGCCUUAGGAAUGCAAACAGUUCCUCAGAGGAGACAACAGCACCAGGUUCUGAGACAGGCCCAGAAGAAUUACGAGUUCUAAGGAACGGUUCAGUGGUUUGAUCCCCAGCUACUUCACACUGUUCAUGGGCAAACUACUGAAACACAGAUUCUCCAUGUGUAUGUGCCAGUUAGUUGGAAAGCACUGUGUACAAAGAUGAAGGUGCACAUAAAA